AUGGCGACCAAGACUGCUGGCGGAAACGCCGCUUUCCACAAUUUUCACAAUGAUUUCUCUCACAUUCAAGACCCCAAUGAGCGAAGACGGUUGGCUCUCGCAGAAAUCGACAAAGCACCUUUUGGUUGGUAUCACGUCCGAGCCAUCGUGGUUGCUGGUAUUGGUUUCUUUACCGAUGCCUACGAUAUUUUCGCCAUCAACAUGGUGACAGCCAUGUUGGGUGUUGUCUAUUGGCAAGACGCUGCAACCAAGCCUGGUACCAUCCCCUCCAACUCCGAUACUGCCAUCAAAGUUGCAACGUCCGGUGGUACGGUCCUCGGUCAAGUCGGUUUCGGAUGGCUCGCCGAUGUUGUUGGCCGAAAGAAGAUGUAUGGUCUGGAACUCAUCCUUAUCAUCUUUUGCACACUGGCUCAAGCUCUCUCCUCCGACUCUGCUGCUAUCUCGAUUGUUGGUAUCAUCAUCUUUUGGCGUGUGAUGAUGGGUAUCGGUAUUGGUGGUGACUAUCCAUUGAGUUCCAUUAUCACUUCCGAGUUCGCAACAACAAAAUGGAGAGGUGCCAUGAUGGGCUCUGUCUUUGCCAUGCAAGGUAUUGGCCAGUUCACUGCUGCCAUGGUCGCACUCUGCGUCACCACGGGAUUCAAGGAAUCUCUUAUUACCGCCAAGAAUGUCGCCGCCUGUGACGGAGUGUGCUUACUUGCAGUCGACAAGAUGUGGAGAGUCAUCAUCGGGUUUGGUGCAGUCCCCGGAUGCAUUGCCUUGUAUUUCCGCCUGACCAUCCCCGAAACCCCUCGAUACACCUUCGAUGUUGCCCGAGACACUGAGAAAGCUGUCGAGGAUGUCAAGGCCUACAAGUCGGGUGCUCACGAGGGAAAGCCUGAUGAGGUCAGCCGUGCUGGUGUACUCCAAGACUCUCGCGAGAGACUUGCUCCUCCCAAGGCAAGCUGGGCUGAUUUCUGGCGCCACUACAGCCAGUGGAGACACGGAAAGGUCCUCAUUGGAACGGCUGGUUCAUGGUUCUUCCUCGAUGUUGCCUUCUACGGUCUUGGUCUCAACAACUCCAUCAUCCUGCAGGCAAUCGGCUACUCCAAGGGAUCCAACGUGUAUCACAUCUUCCGCAACACCGCAGUCGGCAAUCUGAUCAUCGUCUGCGCCGGCGCCAUCCCAGGCUACUGGGUGACGGUAGCCACCGUGGACACGAUCGGCCGCAAACCCAUCCAGCUGAUGGGCUUCGUGAUCCUAACCGUCCUCUUCAUCGUCAUCGGCUUCGCGUACCACCACCUCUCGCAACACGCGCUCCUGGCCCUGUACGUCCUGGCGCAAUUCUUCUUCAACUUCGGGCCCAACGCGACGACCUUCAUCGUGCCGGGAGAAUGCUUCCCGACACGGUACCGAUCCACAUCGCACGGUCUCUCCGCAGCGUCCGGCAAGGUCGGCGCCAUCAUCGCGCAGGUCGUGUUCGGCCCGCUACGUACCAAAGGCCACGCCACGACCGACAACCCGUCCCCAUGGCUCAACCACGUCAUGCAGAUCUUCGCCCUCUUCAUGCUCUGCGGCAUCUUCACCACCCUCCUCAUCCCCGAGACCAAGCGCAAGACCCUCGAGGAGCUCGCCGGCGAGGUCCCCGGAACCCCCAACUACGACCCCGAGUCGUCCGGCCACCGCAAGGACUCGUACAUCCCCCCCACCGCCAGCGACAGCCACUCCGGUGAGAUCACGGAGUCGGCGGAGAAGUCGGUCGUUUGA